AUGAAGAUUAUUGGUUCACUUUCUACUUCUCUGAAAAAAAAAAUCAACCUUUUACUGAAUUGCUGUUCAAAGUUAAAUGAGCAGGCUCCUGACUGUGAAACCUUGUUUCAGAAUCUACUAGACCAUGUAAAUGCUAAUGGAGAGCAGAUGCCUAUAGCUUCCUCAAGCAUGAUUCGUUCCCAUAGUGUGUCCGGUGACCUGCAUGGUGUUCAACUUGAUCCUGUAGCAGCUGAUAUUCUUAGGAAAGAGCUAGAGCAUGAAACUUUUGUACGACUCAAAAUUUCCCCAACUAGUAUUCUCCAUCUUCUUGCCUUGAGUAUGCAAAGUAAUUAUCUAAGGAUUGCAUCUUAUCAAAAAUGUUCAAUCUGCAUUCUGCAGUCCUUUUAUGGUAGAAACUCUGAUUUUUCUGAAAAUGGGAAGCUACCCACUGCUGGAAGAGUACUUCUUCAGCAGGACCAAGGCAUGAUGCCUUCUAUAAGAUUGAAGAAGAUGAGUCUGGGUGCUUCUGUGCUGUCAGUCUGCUGCUACGUGGCUGUGUGCUAUGGUGCAGGUGCUUUGCUAUGGUUUGGGGGUCAUGUUGUGAUUGCCUUGCCUAUUCCUUCUUUCUGGUCAUCCCCUCUUUUGCUUGUGUGCACUGUCAAGGGAUUGGGAGGUGUUAUUGAUGUUGUGGAGGUGUAUGUGCUACUUGGUGUUCUGGGCAGUUUUAAACGGCUUCCUUGGUUCAGUAUCAGUUUGGAUGCAGUGUGUGAUGUGCUUCUGGGCUGCUGGUUCUGGGGUAGGGUAUUUCCAGCUGGUGCUGGCUUGGUGUUGCAUUAUUCUGUUUUGACUGGAAUGGUGUUGUGUUAUGCUGUAGGGCUUCUUUUUCUCCUUUGUGCUGUGCUGUGCACUGUUUACGUGACUGUUCACGUGAACAGUCUGCCUAUUGCUGCUGAUGCCUUCUGUUCUGCUGCUGAUGCUGAUGGAUUUUCAACGACUCUCCUUAGCUGCUGGCUCUUAGCUGCUGCUUCCCUGCUGAUGCUGAUGGAAUUUCAACGACUCUCCUUAGCUGCUGGCUCUUAG